AUGGUUUUCCUCCAUUGCACUGCAAUAACGCCGUCUCAUGUUUGCUUUCGUGAUCACCUUACGUUUCAUUUUGAUCUUCUUUUUCCAUCCCUCAUGGUCCGGUAUAUCACACAGAAAGAAGCAAUCGCAAUUGACGAGGCAUUGUUAGAGACAGGUUACGACAUCAAUUCAUUGAUAGAAGUGGCUGGACUGUGUGCAUUCGAUGUGAUAACUGCAAUACUUAAGGAGAGGGAAGAUGGUAUACACGAUAUUCUCGUGGUAUGUGGGCCUGGUAAUAAUGGGUCAGAUGGGUUGGUCAUCGCUAGGUGCCUGAAACUCUCAGGUUAUAACGUUACGGUGUUCUACAAAAGGUUAAAACACCAAAAUUUGGUUAAUAUAGCCAAAAAUGUGGGUGUGGCAUUCACGACCGACUGGCCAAAAGAUGUACAUCGAUAUGGAUGUAUUAUCGAUGCUAUGUUCGGGUUUUCCUUUAAGCCGCCGCUGAGAGAGCCGUUUUCUUCCAUCGUUGAGUGUAUUUCUGAACACAGCAACGUUCUAUCGAUAGAUGUUCCGAGUGGAUAUGAGAUAGAUAAUGAAGAUGCUAAAUACUCGUUUGUUCCCAGGCAUGUGGUGUGUUUUGUGGCUCCAAAGGUGUGCACAAAGAUGUGCAGGUCGAUCUUCAUCACACGGUGCUUUGUUCCCAGGUACAUUUACGAUGAUGACAACGAUUAUUCCAGAUUUAAAAGAGUUUAACCUGUGUUUACGUGUCCAUUAAAGUAACAUGAUCAUAAAUAGGCCUUUCUCUAUUCUCAGAUCGCAUUUUGUUCGAUUUGUGCGAUACGCACGGUAGGUCCUUAUUCAUCUGCAGAUAAUCGUAAAAUUGCAGGCAGCAACAACGACAG